AUGGGCAGCAUCGGUCAGACUUUCUUGGGUUCCAUCGACCAAGGGACGACAAGCUCGAGAUUCCUCAUAUUCAGCGCGGCUGGAGACGUUGUUGCAUCGCACCAGCUCGAAUUCCGGCAAAUAUAUCCUCAGCCUGGCUGGCAUGAACACGACCCCUUGGAAAUAGUAUCAUCCGUUGAAAAAUGCAUCGAUGGCGCCGUUGCUUCAUUUGAGAGCCAGGGCCACAGUAUAAAGACUAUCAAGGCCAUCGGCAUUACAAACCAGCGAGAAACAACUGUGGUAUGGGACAAAGACACAGGGGGAGCCGCUCUACAACGCGAUCACCCAGAAGGAUACGGCUCCCUAGCUUCCACGGUCCUAAAAGGCUUCCGUAUCACAGGCUGUCUGGGGGAUCAAUCUGCCGCACUUGUUGGCCAAAAGGCAUUCACUCCUGGCCUGGCGAAAAAUACAUAUGGCACAGGUUGCUUCCUGCUAUACAACAUAGGGGAAACCCCUGUUAUAUCCAAACACGGCCUCCUCACCACCGUCGCUUUCGACUUCAAUGGGAAAGUUAUGUAUGCGCUUGAAGGGAGUAUUGCCGUUGGCGGAUCCAGCGUUAAAUUCUUAGUAAACAAUUUUGGCUUCAUAGAUAAAUCCAGUGAUAUAAGCGCUCUGGCCGAGACAGUGGAGGACAAUGGUGGCCUGGUGUUUGUAACCGCCUUUAGCGGCUUGUUUGCCCCCUACUGGAUAGAUGACGCGCGUGGGACAAUGUUUGGAAUUACUACGUUCACAAAUCGCGGACAUGUUGCACGUGCGACGCUUGAGGCGACCUGUUUCCAAACUAAAGCUAUUCUCGACGCCAUGGAGAAGGACAGCGGGCAUAAAUUGACAGAAUUGGCGGUCGACGGAGGCAUGUGUAAUAGUGAUUUGACGAUGCAGACACAAUCCGAUAUCAUAUCUAUUCCGGUACAUCGACCAGCAAUGCGCGAAACCACAGCGCUGGGGGCUGCGAUUGCUGCAGGAUUGGCUGUUGGCGUCUGGCAAGGGAUCGAAGAUUUAAAGACCGUAAACACAGACGGCUGCACCGUGUUCACGCCCGCUAUUACCAAGGAAGAAGCUGCUAGCAAGUUCUCAAGAUGGGAGAAGGCUGUGCAGAUGUGCAAAGGUUGGGCUAAUUGA